AUCAUCCCUGUAAUCGAUAGCUAUCGAUAGCCCGAUACCAGAAGGCGACACUGAUAUAAAUAAAUAAUAAAUUGACAUAGUUUGUUUGAAUCAGAAUCAGGAUGUCUGCCCUGCGCCGUGACGUGUCGCCUUUAAUCCAGCGCAUCCGGGCCUUCCUCCUGGGCCGGGAGCACAACCUGGCGCUGCGCUUCGAGGACGGCCUGGCCGAUCGCACCCAGCCGCAGCCGGAAAUCCCGGACGGACCAUCCCAUCUGCACUCGGCCAACUACUACUGCCAGCGGGAUGCCCGGCGCGAGGUCUUCCCGCCCAUCGACCUGGUGGAGCAGCAGAAGCAGCUGGCGGCGGAGGCUGGCGAGGCGGCGAAGACCACGACCUCCAAGCUGCCCACUCCAGGCAAGACCUACGCCUGGGACUAGAGGCCCCGCGGCAAUCGCCUUUUUUUGAGUUGUAGUACGAGCCGAUUAAAGCUAAUAUAGAAUCCAUUCAAAUCGUC